ACUGCAGGCGAAAGUUCACCAAGGGGAACCUUCGACGCAUAAAACGGGAAAAUACAGCGUCCAUUGUCCCCAAGUGUCAACUCAGGAGGAAAAUAAGUCAGACUUCCAGCCUGCACAGGGAUGUGGCAGACUCAUUUCCCCUGUAGUUGCUUAGGACGUGGUGCGUUCCGCUUGAUCACGUGAGCCGGCUCCAAGAUGGCGGCGGGGGUGGCCGGGUGGGGGGUUGAGGCAGAGGAGUUCGAGGAUGCUCCUGACGUGGAGCCGCUGGAACCCACGCUUAGCAAUAUCAUCGAGCAGCGCAGCCUUAAGUGGAUCUUCGUCGGGGGCAAGGGUGGCGUGGGUAAGACCACCUGCAGCUGCAGCCUAGCGGUCCAGCUGUCUAAAGGACGUGAGAGUGUUCUAAUCAUUUCCACAGACCCAGCCCACAACAUCUCAGAUGCUUUUGAUCAGAAGUUCUCCAAGGUGCCUACCAAGGUCAAAGGCUAUGACAACCUCUUUGCUAUGGAGAUAGACCCCAGCUUGGGCGUGGCAGAGCUCCCCGAUGAGUUCUUCGAGGAGGACAACAUGCUGAGCAUGGGCAAGAAGAUGAUGCAGGAGGCCAUGAGCGCCUUCCCAGGCAUUGAUGAGGCCAUGAGCUAUGCUGAGGUCAUGAGGCUGGUGAAAGGCAUGAAUUUCUCAGUGGUAGUAUUCGACACAGCACCCACCGGACACACACUCAGACUCCUGAACUUCCCCACCAUCGUGGAGCGGGGCCUGGGCCGCCUCAUGCAAAUCAAGAACCAGAUCAGCCCCUUCAUCUCACAGGAACAGACGACCUUCAUCUGUGUGUGCAUCGCUGAAUUCUUGUCCUUGUAUGAGACGGAACGGCUGAUCCAGGAGCUGGCUAAGUGCAAGAUCGACACCCACAACAUCAUCGUCAACCAGCUCGUCUUCCCUGACCCUGAAAAACCCUGCAAGAUGUGUGAGGCUCGCCACAAGAUCCAGGCCAAAUACCUGGACCAGAUGGAAGACCUUUAUGAAGACUUUCACAUUGUGAAGCUGCCACUGUUACCCCAUGAGGUUCGGGGAGCCGACAAAGUCAACACUUUCUCUGCCCUGCUCCUGGAGCCCUACAAGCCCCCCAGUACCCAAUAGCACACCACUCAUCCCAGCUGCUGCCACUUCACACCCUCCUCUUUCCCUAUGGGGCAGAGUUUGCACAAAGUCCCCCAUAGUACGGGGGAGCCGUUUAGGAGGUGGGAAGUUGGGAGGGGAUCUGUUCCCCCUGGUGGGGCCUGGGGAGGCUGCAAUGCCCCCCACCUCUCCCUGCCUCACACUCCUCAAUAAAAUAAUCUUAAACAGC